GUUAGGCUUGGUCUGUAAAGUACUUCGCUGAGAGAUGUUUGAAUGACUUAUUUUUCGAAUUAUUAAUAUUAUCUUGAAAUAUUUGGAAAGUUUCAUUUCAUUUUUUAUGAAUCGCUUAAAACCUAAAAGUAGGCGUCGUUCUCGUCAGCGGAGAUUCUUAAAAACAGACUCCUUAUUCGAGCAUGCAUGCGUCGAUCAUUUAUUUUUGUUUUCAUAGGGUUUCGAAUCUAGAAUUCGAAUGUACCGUUUUACAGGACCAAAAAUAGGAGACACAUGAUUAGUAGAACGAUAAACAGAUACAUUCUUGACUAAAAAUAAUUGUCACUCGAUACCGCACGCAUCCUGCGCUUUUACGAUCGUCGUGUAAUGUAUACGCCGCGCGCGGUGACAUCUGAUUUCUCGACCCCGCCCCUCGCUUCUCGAUGCACUUUUUCUAACUAUAGCAAUGUAACGCGGUUGUACCGGGCAUUCGGGCUGUACUUUGACGAAUUGUCAUCGUUGACAAUUGCCGCCGAUAUGUGGUUAAUUUGAGAUAAGAGAUACCCACCAGCGCCACCUCGCACGCAUAUAAUUUAUUGCUACGAGAUUUUUCGGUUGCUCGAUUGACAGACACAACAUCGGGCAUUUAAACGUUAACAUCUGUUUUUUGUCUGGAAAAAAAAUAGCGCCUACAUAAAUGCUCGGUUAGAUCAUCACCGCUAGAGCGAGUCGGGGCCCUAAAUGUUGAUCGAAUUUCAUCGUCCGUUUCGUAAGAACUCGCUGGAAGCAUCGAAAAUAGAGGGAGGCAUGAGAGAGGGGACGCGGCCCCGUCAAACUGCAAACUUCCAAAAUUUCAAUGAUACAGUUGCUUUUCUCUUAUUUAAUGAGAGGCCUUGUAACAAGUGCUCUAUCCACGACUCGGUUGACUUUGGCAUCCAGUCGAGCUCCUACUGCUGCGUGAGAAAGAAAAGAAAGCUGAGAGACUCUUGUUAUUUCUUCAAGGAAAAGUCUUGAAAAACGGAUUAUUAUUGAUUGUUUUAUUGAUUUAGAAACAAAAAACAAAACCUACUUGUUCAGAAUGGUGACUUGUACGGACCCACUUGUUUUUCUUGACUUUGCUGUAAAUGAUGAGAAAAUAGGAAGAGUGGUUAUUUCAUUAUUUAAGGAUAAAUGCCCUUUAGCCUCAGAAAAUUUCAGAGCGCUAUGCACCGGUGAAAAGGGAAUUGGAACCAAAGGAAAACCUUUGCAUUAUAAGGGAUCACGAAUUCAUAAAUAUAUACCUCAGCUUAUGUUGAUCGGAGGAGAUAUAAUUGAUUUUAAUGGAAACAGCGGUGAAAGUAUUUAUGGAAGUGACUUUGAAGAUGAAGAUCUCAAAACGAUGCAUGAUACAGAGGGAUUUAUUAGCAUGGUUAAUCGUGGUGUACCAAAUUCCAACAAUUCACAAUUUGUUAUAACAUUAAAUUCUUGUCCUCAGUUAGAUGGAAACAAUGUCAUCUUUGGUGUAGUGCGUGCAGGUUUAAAAGUAUUGAAGGAUAUUGGAGAAUCUACAAACGUAUGUGAUGACAAGCCAAUGGAUAAAAUUGUAAUAGUAGACUGUGGUGAAUUAGGUGCUGGUGAAAAUUGGGGUUUAGAUGAUAAUGAUGGUGUAGAUAAAUAUGUAACUUAUCCAGAAGAUUGGAAUAUUGUUAAUUCAAACAAACUUGAAUUCGAAAAAAUUCUAAAUAUUAUUAAAGAAAUUAAGGGUUUUGGCAAUGCUUUCUUUGUAAAGAUGAAAUAUGUAAAAGCAGAAAAAAAGUACAAAAAAGCACUUAGGUAUUACGAAUAUAUGAUUAAUAUGGAAGAGUUUGUGGAAAAUGAAAAUAAUGAGGAAAUAAAAGAAUUAAAAUGUAUUUUGCUAUUGAAUUUAGCUACUGUAAAACUUUACCAAAAACAAUAUAAAGAAGCACAUAAAUUAAGUACUGAUGUUAUAAUGUUGGAUCCUAAUAACUAUAAAGGAUUUUUACGAAGAGGACAAGCGUAUGUUGGAUUGGGUGAAUAUGAAAAAGGAUUGGAAGACUUUCAGAAAGCUAAUGAGAUAAACAGUUUGGAUGAACAUGUUUUAAAAGAAGUAGAGAAAGCUAAAAUCUUGAUAAAAUCUUAUAAAUCAUCAGAAAAAGAUUUAUACAAGCGGAUGUUUAAAUAA